AUGGCAUCCGAACACGACCCAUCGGUCUCCGAAUACCAGCAUGAAAAGCACCGCGCUCGAGAAGCAGACGCUCUGCACAUGCUCCGCAAAAUCGCCUCCCUGGUGAAGCCCAUAAUGAGACAGCGAGGCUGGCGAGUAGGCGUCUUGACGGAAUUCUUUCCAGAAGAAAGAAACCUCCUUGGCCUGAAUAUCAACAAGGGUGAAAGAAUAUGCUUGCGGCUCAGGCACGCUGGUGAUGAGAGGCAAUUUAUGCCUAUAGAACAGGUUACAGAUACUAUGCUGCACGAGCUAUGUCAUAUCGUUCAUGGCCCACACGACGAACAUUUUCACAACCUCUGGAAUCAACUCCGUGAUGAAUACGAGAACCUUAUCCGAAAAGGCUACACAGGAGAGGGAUUUCUGUCCACAGGUCACAAGCUCGGCGGAGGACGCAUACCCAUGCACGAAGCCCGCCGUCGCGCUCGAGCAGCGGCUGAAAAGAGGCAGGUUCUUUCUGCUGGCUCAGGUCAAAAGCUCGGUGGAGCCCCCGUGAGGAGAGGCCAGGACAUCAGGAAGGUCAUAGCAGACGCAGCGCAACGGCGGACAGCAGUAAUGAAAGGAUGCGCCAGUGGGACAGCGACCAAAGAGAAGGAGCGAGAAAUCAUCGACCUCACCAAUAAGCGCAGCGUGCGCACCAAAGCCGAAGCAGACGAUGCCAAUGAAGAAGCUAUCAUGCUCGCCUACAUCGAUCUAGUCCAAGAAGAAGAGAGGGAAAAGGAAAACCCAGCUGGGAGUAGAAGCGUGAACGCGGGGAGAAGCAAAGCCGAGAACAUUGCAGCACAAGAACUGUCACGGCUCAAAUCGCAAGACGCCAUUCCUCCAAUUCCUUCGCUCACGAAACCGAUGCCCUCAACCUCUACUGCCCCUUCGCGACUGGCGCCUUCCACCUCCGAGACCAUAGACCUGAUUAAUCCCGCUUUGUACCCUAGUGAUGGCUCAUGGGCUUGCGAGGUUUGUACGCUGAUCAACCCACCCACACAUCUGAUGUGUGACGCUUGUGGCAUCGAGCGGCGGAGCCCUCCACCAGCUGCCAAAGAAAUGACCAAAGCACCACCACUCCCCAUAAGGAACAAGAGCGAUCAGCACCAACUUGGCUUAGGCUCGUUGAAGGAGGACAACUCGGCGAAAGCUGUACGGACGCUGAGAGAGAUGGAAGAUAAGCAGAGAGGAAAACCGCAGGCGCCGCUGGGGUGGCUGUGUGGGCAUUGCGGACAAUUCAUGGAGAGAGAGUGGUGGACGUGUGCGAAUUGUGGGGAGAUGAAGGCGAGCUCGUAA